GAAAGAUAUCGAUUAUUUGAUACCUUUUUAGCUGCAUUUUAAAAAACAUCUGAUACUGUUUUGCUUUCAAGUUGAAAGUUUCAAAGCUUCAAAUUCAUUAACUGCUACAAUUUUCACUUUUCCUGUCCAUUGAUAUUGUGCAUUAAUUUUUAGAACGUAAUUUUCAUCUUCAAAAUUUUGUGUUCCCUUCACUCAAUCACCUCAAUAAUUGAUCCAUCAAAAUGAAUGCUCCACCCGCAUUCGAGUCAUUCCUUCUUUUCGAGGGAGAAAAAAAGAUUAUAAUUGAGAAGGAAACAAAAGUACCUAAUGCAGCUAUCUUUACUGUCAACAAAGAAGAUCAUACUCUUGGGAACUUGAUUCGUCAUCAACUGCUCAAAGAUCCGAAUGUAAUCUUCGCCGGAUACAAAGUACCUCAUCCCCUUGAGCAUAAAUUCAUUUUAAGAGUUCAAACUACUGGAGAUUACACCCCACAAGAUGCAUUGAAGAAUGCUCUUAGUGAUUUAUGUUCUGAAAUUUCUUACAUUGAAGAACAAUUUAAGAGAGCAAUCGAUAAUCAGAACGAUGUUGCUUGAAUUAAAACUGAAUAUCAUUCUCGAAAUCACAGCAUAAUUGUGCUUCAUUUCAAAAUUUCAAACUUAUUCCACUCAAAAUAUUUGAAGAGAAAUGCAUGCACUGAAAGUUAUCAAAAUUAAACAAUGUAAAAAUUC